AUGCCAAUCGUAUUGGAAACAUCCGAAGCAAAAAGCUGCGCCUCGUUUAACAUUCUGGAAGCACUGUUCGGUGCAGAGAAACAUGCUGAUGCAGAAGAAUCAGAAUCUAAAAUCACCACGUCAAAAGUAAGUCAAGGUCAGGAUACGAUCGACCAGUCACUUUCGAAGCAGGAAGCAUCCAGCUUAUGGUCAACCGAAAGGAGUAGUUCCAUUCGGUCAAAAGUUCGGCGUGUUUCCAGUUUGCAACGUGAUUCUCUUAUGAUCCAAAAUCUUCGGAAGAUUAGCGCAAAACCGUUUGAUUCUCCAAGUAUUAUAACCCUAUCUCUGAAGUCUAGUUUCCCGGAUCCGAAAGUUCUUGAACAACUGCAAAGUAAACAUCAGAAAAUGUUGGAGGACUUUAAUACUCACAUGGAAAACGUUUUCUCCAAACUGUUGAAAUUUGGAUCGAUGACAGUUGAUAAAACUAGAAAACCAAUAACUCAAGAAUCCGUUGAACUUCUUCUCAAUCAGAUAAGCGGUGUAAGAGUUGCCCUGUCGAGGCAGCGUCAAAAGCUAAUCGGAACAUUUCGACAGCUGGAGAUUUUGAAUCGAUUGGACUCGGAGCUGGAUCUGCAGAUUCAAAACAUUCGUCUCGAGGAGUUGCACGAUCUACAGGUCGAGGUAGCUCGCACCGGCGAGAAGAUUGACGAAACCAACAAGCAAAUGGCCAAAGCUCGGACGCAGUACGAAAGUGACAUUUCGAAAGCGGCUCACGUGCGGGAGAAAUGGUUUGCGUUUCAAAACAAAAUUCUUAGCAAGUUGGAUGAUUUGUCUGAGAUGGAACGUCGAAUGCGGGAAAAUCGUGCAAUGUUGUGUGAAUUGCUGCAUCGGAAGCAAGCGUUACGCGAGGAACGUUUGCAGUUGAAGAGACGCUGCAGGAUUAUCGAUAAUAAACCCUUGCUGAGGAAGUAUGAUCAAGUAGUUGACACGAUUCAAGUUAUCGAGCAGUACAAAAAGAAAUUCAAUAGUCUUUAG